CGGAGAUCUAGAGCACGAGUACACGAUAUCGACGUAACGGUUUCGUCGCUUGGCUCUUCUUCGCAGAUCCGUAGCUGCAAACCCUUCAGAGUCCACGACAGAGCGGGAAGGAGGGCGUUGAGGCCAGCUUGAUCAACCCCCUAUUCGAUUACCUGACGUUCGAUUGCCGGAGCUUCCCGCAGCUGAUCUCUGCUCGAUUUGAUCCGGAUCUGCCUGGUUCGUUCUAGGGUUUUUUGGUAUUUCUUGGGCUUCUCGACCAGGAAUGGCGCCCCAGCAGUCAUCUCCCGCCGGGGCUCCCCCCUCCGCCCAAGUGGUCGGGAAUGUUUUUGUCCAGCAGUUCUUUCACAUCCUCCAUCGAUCACCAGCGCUCAUUCAUCAGUUUUAUCAGGAUAGUAGCAAACUGGGACGGCCAGGAGCCAACGGAGAGAUGAUCACGGUUUCCUCUUUGCAAGGCAUCGAUGAGAAGAUUCUGUCUAUGAAUUGCAGUGAGUACUUAGCACAGAUCAAGACGGUUGAUGCGCAGGAAUCUCUUGAUGGUGGAGUGAUGGUGCUAGUGACGGGUUGCCUCAUUGGGAAGGAUAAUGCGAAGAGGGACUUCACACAGACGUUCUUUCUUGCCACCCAGGACAAGGGCUACUAUGUUCUAAAUGAUAUUUUUCGAUUUCUGGACGUUGAUGAUCAGCAGGAGGAGCAGGAUUUUACGCAAAAAGCUGCUGGUCAGACCACGGAGCAUGACUCAAUUCCUUCACAGGAAGAAACUGUUCUUCAGCACACUGCAGCAACACCAGAAGAGAAUGUAGUGAAUGAAGAGGAAAGUUAUGUUCUUUUGGAAUCAGGGGAAGGUUCAGCUGCUGAAGAUGAAGAGCCAGUGGAGGAGGUGAUUAAUGAGAGUCCAACUGAUUCACCGGCUGCAGUAACUGCUCCAAGUCUUUCAGAUGGACAAGAGCACAAGAAAUCUUAUGCUUCUAUUGUGAUGGUGAUGAAAGAGAACAGUAGACCUGUAUCGGUUCCUACAUCAGCUUCUGCAAGGUUGGCACCAGUCAACACAGAGAGACAGGCUGUUACUCCUGCACCAGUAUUGGCAACUUCAUCUGAGAUUGCUGCUGAAGUUUCUAAUGUUGAAGAAAGCAGCAAUGUCCAAGAAUCAGAGGCUGAUGGGUUUUCAAUAUACGUAAAGAAUUUGCCAUUGAAUGCUUCCACUGCUCAACUAGAAGAGGAGUUCAAGAAAUUUGGUCCAAUUAAGUCUAAUGGCGUCCAAGUUAGAAGCAAUAAGUUGCAAGGGUUCUGUUUUGGUUUUGUGGAAUUUGAGGUGGCGGGUGCUGUCCAAAGCGCGAUUGAGGCUUCACCCAUACCUAUCGGCGGUCGCCAGGCUUAUGUCGAGGAGAAGCGUGCAACUAGCUCACGAGUUAAUAACCGAGGGAGGUUUCCACCUGGUAGAGGGGGAGGUUAUCGUAACGAUGGAUUAAGUCGUCGUGGCAGCUACGUUGGUGGAAGAGGUUAUGGAAGAGGAGAUUACACUCACCGGUCUGAUUUCAUAAGCAGGGGUGGCCGAGGCAACCUUCCUUCCAGUCGAGGCGAAGUGGGAUAUCAGCGGGUGGACCACACCAACUCCAACAGCGGAUGAGUGUUGCUUAAACGUGGUUACGAACCGUCAAGGUUAGUGAACCUUGAUUUUCAUGAUUGAGCUGAGCUCUUUGAGAAAGGCUGUAGUGUUGAGAUAGUAGAGUUCUAUAUUUGAUCGGCUUUUAUGCAAUUUCAUUUUUGUUGUUUAGGGAGGUAUUAGGAACAUGAUUACAUGGUCUUGUAGAAUACACACUUUUUUUUUCUUUUUUUUUAAAAUUUUUUUUUACAGAUUCGUUUGUUUUGCCCAUAAAAGUAGAUAGGCUUAAAAUUUGUAGUAUUGUGUUGUUGUUUGUCCAGGUCCUUCAUUCCCCAUGCACAUUGCAGGAUUUGCAUUUUCUUCCAACCUUAAAAGAAACAAUUG